AAGACAAACAGAACAUAACUAGUACUAUUUGAUUAAACAUGUAUUUUCGAAUUAUUAGCGUUUUACUUUUAAUCUUUGUUUUCACCACACUAGCUCAAAAUAUUGAAAAAAAUGAAGAAACAAGUUCCCGAUUAUUUUUAAGUACAUUCACUGUUAUUCUGUCCACAGUUACUUCAACAACAACAAUUGGCAUUACUUCUACUUGCACAACUUCCUCCUCUGCAAUGGCAGCAUGUUCAGUAGGAGGGCGUCGUCGUCGUGGUAUCUUAUUUGAAGGGGAAAAUAAGCAAGCACGUGUGAGUAGGGGACUCUUCUAUAACGAAGACGAAGAAGAACUCAACGAUGGCUCUCUCUCAAUCAAUCAAGUUAAAAGAUCUACGGACCACAACGAAAAUAACAAUCCUUCUUCGACAGUAACCGUCAAUGAAACUGAUUUGAUUCCACUUACCAUUCAGUCAGGUUUUAGUCUUCCGGAAGGAUUCUCUCCUGGAACUCACCGUUUUAAAUUAGCCUAUGGAACGUCCACUAUUAUCACAACUGCAACGUCUGUUGCAACUCGUUCGUUAAUUAUUUUUUGCAGCAGCAUCACGAACUACCCAACUUGUUCAGGAUUACCUUUAGCCGGCUAGUGCAGAAAUAACUUUUUUAUCCACAAACGAAUAUUGUUGUAUCGACAUAAGUAUACGGGAACACGUUUCUUAUUAUUUUCAACACAUAAAAAAAAUCUAAAACAUCAUCAGUUUUUAAAUUCAUAAUGAAUUUGCCACUGUCUGUGAAGGUGCCAGUGUGAAAUAUUUAUACGUAAACAAUAAUCCACUAAGAAAAAAAAUACAUGUUUUUUUGCAGCAA